AUCAACACGGAAGUAACCUUCAGCCGGAAGUUCCUGGGCCUGCCUGCGGAGGGGUGGGGGCGGGGAGCCGCAGGCGGACUGCGGGCAGGAUGGCGGCUCAAAUUCCAAUCGUGGCUGCCACUUCUACCCCGACCAUAGCCAGGAACAGCAAGAAGAGGCCAGCCAGCCCUUCCCACAACGGCAGCGGCGGGGGAUAUGGCACCAGUAAAAAGAAAAAGCUCUCCGCCUCCAGCUUUGCUCAGGGUGUCAGCAUUGAAGCCGUGAGUGAGAAUAAAAUGGCGUCCUCUGAGUUUAGUUCGGGGCCUGUGGAAAAAGCUGCCAAACCACUGCCUUUUAAGGAUCCCAACUUCGUGCACUCUGGCCACGGCGGCGCAGCAGCUGGCAAGAAGAACAGGACCUGGAAGAACCUCAAACAGAUCCUCGCUGCCGAAAGGGCGUUGCCAUGGCAACUGAAUGAUCCUAACUACUUUAGUAUUGAUGCUCCUCCUUCCUUUAAGCCAGCUAAGAAGUAUUCCGAUGUUUCAGGCCUUCUUGCCAACUACACAGACCCUCAGAGCAAGCUGCGGUUCAGCACCAUUGAAGAGUUCUCCUACAUUCGCAGGCUGCCGUCUGAUGUCGUCACAGGCUACCUGGCCCUGAGGAAGGCCACGAGCAUCGUUCCCUGAGCCUGGGAAGUGGAGAUGAAGUGGAAAUGACCUUGAAAACAGACUCUGCCCUUGUGGUUUUGUUUCAGAGAAACAGAUGUGUUCUGCUGUCAAUCCAAGAGUGUCAGCUCUGUGUCGUGCAAAGAUUGUCUGGCUUUACCAUAAGGGUCUCUCUGACUUUUUUCCUCCAAGUGUGAUGUACCUCUUUUAAGUCAUACUUCAGUUGUUGCAAGUAAAAAUUGUUUGAUAAGAAAAUAUAGUAAAGUUAUGAAUUUAAGUUAA